AUUCAUUUUAAUUAUGGUGGGAAGACGUAAACGUCGAAUUAAAAAGGAAAUAGAUCCAACACUUGCAGAGAAGAAAAAAGUGAUAGAAAAACUCUGGCAAAAUUUUCGUCAGGAUGCUGAAAGUUAUAGAGCUCAUUUAAAAGCGUGCUGUGAUAGGGAAUGUGACAGAAUAAAGAAAAUGUAUGAUGACAAAAUUACAGCUAUGCCAGCGCAUUUGCGGAAAAUGACUAUUGCUGAAAUUAUAGCCCUACAAGAAAAAGAAAAUUCAUAUAAUCCUGUGGCUUCAAAACAAGAAACUGCUUAUCGUGAGCAGUUGAAAUUAAUAAGUGAAAAAAAAGCUUUGAAAACAAAAGAGAGAAACAGAAGUUUCAGUGCAUCUUGUUCAAGGCCUCUGCCAAACAUCAAUGUAGGCCAAUCAACAAAUAUAUUUUCUCGACUUAGCAGAAUUCAGAGUGAAACAUCAUUACUUACUCCUGUAUCAAAAUACAGCAGAUUGCCCAGUAUUGUUGUUACGCCCAAAUUUGAUCCUAAGAAGCCUACACUGAAGGGAGUAGUUAGAAAACCUCGUGUAGGUGAAGUCCUUAUGUCACUAACUGGAAGUCCUGUUCAUAAUUACAUGGAUGAUAUUCCUGACAAGCCCACUAUUACUCUUUCUUUGGGAAAAGGAAAGGUUGUUAUGUUGAGUGAUACAAAUGAUGUUGAUAUUGAAAAGGAGUUGCCAAAAGAAAAUGUUGAACCUCUGAAGCUGCAAUUAGAAAAUGUCAAGAAAAAGCUUGAUAAAGUUAUUCAGAAAUCCAAUUGAUGGCUGAUAAAUAAUAAACUUUUUAUUACUGCAUUUUUGUAUGCUCUUACUGUGAGGGUGUGUGCAUAUUUUUAUUAUAUCUUUUAAUGUAUGAAAAAGUAUGUAUUCAAAAACUGUGUAUAAUUUUUUUCUGAAUUAUCUCUUGAUUGUCUAAAUAAAAAUUCUUUAUACAAUU